AUGGGUAACAAAGUCGUCGUAUUUAGCGAGGAACAGCUUCAAGAUUAUCAGGAUUGUACGUUUCUCACAAGGAAGGAUAUAUUAAGAAUUCAAAAGAAAUUCAGAAACCUGGCCACUGACAUCGUGCCUAAAUCGAUGACAGCAGGAAACGUUACUUCAACGGUGAUGCUGCCACUGGACACAAUAGUGAAGUUGCCGGAGUUGAGGGAAAAUCCAUUCAAAAGAAGAAUUUGUGAGGUGUUUUCAAAAGACAAUACUGGAAAUUUAACUUUCGAUGAGUUUUUAGACAUGUUAUCAAUAUUCAGCGAGGAAGCGCCACGGGAUAUAAAAGUUUUUUAUGCCUUUAAAAUAUAUGAUUUUGAUAACGAUAACCACAUUGGUAAUGAAGAUAUGUGUACUGCAUUAAAGAUACUUACAGUAAAUGAGCUAAAUGCAGAAGAAAUGAAUCAGGUUUGCAGCAAAGCAAUCGAAGAGGCAGAUGUUGAUGGUGAUGGAAAAUUAUCAUACAUGGAAUUUAAUCAUGUCAUACUAAGAUCACCUGAAUUUUUUUCAACAUUUCAUAUAAGAAUAUAA